UUGGCGCUUCCUUCAGCCGCCCUUCCCUGCGCGAACCCCAUUUGGGCUUACCACUUGGGCGAUUCUUUAUAAUUUCAGCUAUUUACGCAUUCGAUUCUUCCCAAUCCCACAACCCCCACCCAAAUCCCCAAACCCCCUGCAAUUUUCAUGGUCUUUCUCACUUGUUUGCGUCUUCUCUAAGUCAAUCCUCCAUUGGGCUCUCAAUUCCCGCCUCCAAUGGCCUCCCACCACCAGUUUUCUGCCGUUAAGGGCGCCAAAGUGCUCAUGGUUGGAGCGGGGGGAAUCGGCUGCGAGCUUCUCAAAACUCUGGCUCUCUCCGGGUUUCAGGACAUUCAUAUUAUUGACAUGGACACCAUAGAAGUGAGCAACUUAAACCGACAGUUUUUAUUCCGAAAAUCCCAUGUAGGGCUAUCAAAGGCUAAGGUUGCUCGGGAUGCUGUCCUAAGAUUCAGACCUCACAUUAGCAUUACCUCAUAUCACGCAAAUGUCAAGAACCAAGAAUUUAAUGUAGAUUUCUUUAAGCAAUUUAAUGUUGUUUUGAAUGGACUCGAUAACUUAGAUGCAAGGCGACAUGUGAAUCGUUUGUGCUUGGCAGCUGAUGUUCCCCUAGUCGAAAGUGGAACCACUGGAUUCCUUGGACAGGUCACAGUCCAUGUCAAGGGAAGAACAGAAUGCUACGAGUGCCAGCCGAAACCGGCCCCAAAAACAUAUCCUGUCUGUACUAUUACUAGUACACCGUCAAAGUUCGUUCACUGCAUCGUUUGGGCAAAAGAUCUACUUUUCGCAAAGUUAUUUGGAGAUAAGAAUCAAGAAAACGAUCUAAACGUACGUUCAAGUGAUUCUGCAAGUUCAUCAAACCAUGCUGAAGAUAUAUUUGAACUUUACAAAGACGAAACCAUUGAGCAGUAUGGAAGAAGAGUGUUUGAUCAUGUUUUUGGGUACAAUAUCGAAGUAGCCUUAUCUAACGACGAUACAUGGAAAAAUCGCAAUAAACCAAGGCCUAUUUAUAGUAGGGAUAUCCUGCCUGAUGAACCAACUAAACAGAACGGAAACUCAGACAAAAACUGUGCCACUGACGAUCAAAGUUCGAUUUCUGCCAUGACAUCUCUAGGCAUGAAAAAUCCCCAGGAGAUAUGGAGUCUUAUGGAAAAUUCCAGAAUCUUCAUCGAGGCUAUUAAACUUUUUUUCACUAAAAGGGAAAAGGAUGUUGGGAACUUGAGUUUUGAUAAAGAUGAUCAGUUAGCUGUGGAGUUUGUCACUGCUGCUGCAAAUAUUAGAGCUGAAUCUUUUGGUAUUCCAAUGCAUAGCCUUUUUGAAUCUAAAGGUAUUGCUGGUAACAUUGUGCAUGCUGUUGCAACAACCAAUGCUAUCAUUGCUGGGUUGAUUGUGAUCGAGGCAAUUAAGGUGCUGCAAAACGAGGCGCACAAUUAUCGGAUGACGUAUUGUCUCGAACAUCCUUCGAGGAAGAUGCUUCUUAUGCCCGUGGAACCUUUUGAACCUAAUAAAUCCUGCUACGUUUGCUCCGAGACACCGCUAUCACUCGAGAUAAAUACGCACAAAGCAAAGCUGCGAGAUUUUGUCGAGAAGAUAGUCAAGGCGAAGCUUGGGAUGAACUUUCCGCUUAUUAUGCAUGGAUCGGCCCUUCUUUACGAAGUUGGCGAUGAUCUCGAUGAAGACAUGGUGGGAAAUUACGCUGCGAACCUUGAGAAGGUACUGUCGGAGUUUCCUUCACCAAUCGUUAGCGGGACAAUAUUAUCGGUUGAGGAUCUCCAACAAGAGCUUAGUUGCAGUAUCAACAUCAAACAUAGAGAUGAAUUUGAUGAGGAGAAGGAACCAGAUGGUAUGGUUCUAUCUGGAUGGCAUCAAACUUCACUGGAAAAGGGUGAUAGCAGCAAGACUUUGGGCAAUGGAGAAAGCUCUUCAACACCCUCUGCUACGGAGGCAGAUAAGAACGAAGACUUGGACAUCGUUGCAUCCGGAAGGAAACGAAAACUAGGCAAGGCACCUUCUUCAGCUGUCGAUAUGGCUAAUGAAGCUAAUAGCUUGAAGAAACUUGAAGAGCUUGACGACGACGACGACGACCUUGUCAUGCUUGAUGAUGGGGAUUCAGCUAUGAACAAGAAGAAAAGAUUGCAAUAAUUGCUCCUUGGAUUUAACGGAGUGCUAACCUAAUUUUGUUAUGUUAGGGGAGAAAUGGUGAUUCAUAAUUUUUCUUUAGAUCUUAAUGUGUAGUCUUUUUGGAGUUAGGUGCAUCAAUUGUUCUAUCCUUGUCCCACAUCGAGAUCAGAUGUAGCAAACUAGCAGAAUAUUAUAUUUCCAAGCCUCACAUUCAGAAGAUAGCGUGAUUGUAACACUAAACAGAGAAGUCUCAACGUUUUGGAAACUUAUACUAUUUGAUGACAGUAAUCAAUUAAAUAUAUUUAAACAC